AUGUCUUCGUCAUACACUUCUCCCCUUACGGUCCUACCCGAAGUGUCCUCGAAAGGCCAACCACAAGGUUCCCCUUCAAAUUGGGACAGCACAAGUGGGUCCCGUGGCCUCGACAGCCCAGAGACAAACAUCCCAUCUCACGCGGUUGCGACGUGUGAGCCAUACUUGCGAUACCCACAACCAGUGCACACGGCUAGCCCCCUUCUUACUCACGACACCGAGGGUGAUACCUGGGCCAUCAAUCAAUAUAUCACAUCGGAUCCGCGUUUCCGUGAUAGCACCCUCGUGUUCCCUCGGAUUCACCAGCCUUCUAAUCCAUCCUGGCCAUUCUGGAGGCGACACCGUGUUGCUAUCUUAACUAUGCUUGCUACUCUCGUCGCUUUCGGAUUCGUUUUGGCAGCUAUCAUUGGGAGUGUUGUGAUCAAGAAUGAUUAA